AUGACACGAAAGCAUCUCACUGUGAUGGAAUGGGUGAGUCGGGGCUAUUGCAAAUCACUGGACUACUUGAUCAAAGUGGACGAUGACACUUUUGUGGACGUGUUCCAUCUGGUUCGAUUUCUAAAAACAGAACACCUGAAAAUCCCGAACAGCUUUUAUUGUUCGGCCACUUCGGGCGCAAAACCGGUUCGACCAGACAAGAAAACCUCAAGCAAAUGGGUGAUUACCAAACAAGAAUUUGCGAAAAAUGUGUUUCCGACCUAUUGUGAAGGUUUGGGGUAUAUUGUCGAGGCCGAUUUGGCACCUUAUCUCUACUGGUGCUCCCUGUUUACCCCCGCCAUCUGGAUCGAUGAUGUCUAUGUGACGGGAAUGUUGGCCGAGAAUCUGGGCUUCAAACGUCAGGAAUUUAUCCCCGGUCAUGCGUACAGUCGAGUUGGACCAAGCAAGCAGAAUGAAGCAAUAUUGGAUAACAUAUUCCUUACUUCCUACCACAGUGAAUUUUUACCAGAAACAUUUCGUCGUUUGUGGCAGACAGCGGUUGCUCAUAGUAUGGACAUAAGCUGA